CUCAGGGGCUCUGAAGAAACUCAAGCUUUGCACAAGCCAAUAGGACAAGAGGGGUGGAGUGACAUGAGCUCUAAAGUGCUACAAAGAGUAGAAUGUAACCGUCCCUCGUCAAAAUUUGCCUGGUCCUGGAGGAGGAUGUGAGACGGAAUGGAAAAAUUCAACAGACCAAAUCCGGGAUUUUGGUUAUUUACGCGGGGUUACACUCUUUCUACAAAGUCGCGCGCCUUUACGCAACUAGAGAGCUCUUUGGGAUUUUGGAGGGUGGGGGUCAGUAGAUCUUUGCAGCACCAAACAUGACUGAGGAGAACAAGCCAUUGUCACAGCAGGCAUGCAGUCCAGCGGGAACCGACGGGUCUGCGUCCCAGCAUGGAUCGGAUUCAGAGUCUCCGGCCUCUCCGGUAAGGCCCGAAACGCAGGAGGCAGCGCGCCCGCCCGGGAUUACGCCCAAACUGGAGAGCUGCUCGGAAGACGAGCGGUUCCCUACCUGCAUUCGCGACGCUGUGUCGCAGGUGCUAAAAGGUUACGACUGGUCGCUGGUGCCUGUGCCCAGUCUGGGGGAGAGGGGGCUGAAGAGUAAACCUCACGUGAAACGGCCUAUGAACGCGUUCAUGGUUUGGGCGCAGGCAGCGCGGAGGAAGCUGGCGGACCAGUAUCCACAUCUGCACAACGCUGAGCUCAGCAAGACGCUGGGAAAGCUGUGGCGACUUCUCUCUGAAACAGAGAAACGUCCCUUUGUUGAGGAGGCCGAGAGGCUGAGGCUGCAGCACAAAAAAGACUACCCAGACUAUAAGUACCAGCCUCGGAGACGCAAGAGCAAUAAACCGGACCAGGGCGACUGCAGACCUGCGCUGGUCCAACAGCAGCAGCAGAAGCAGGGCUUGUAUAAAAUGGACCCGGGUGUGGCCAGGCUGGCUGGCACAGGGGAAGUGGAGCAGCAUUACCAUUCAGACAGAACAGGUCAGUCUCACGGGCCUCCAACACCUCCCACCACCCCUAAAACAGACCUGCACAUGGGAACCAAACACGAGAGCCGUCAGUCUGUGGACACAAUGAGCUCCAGCGCUGCUCCUCCUCCCAACCGUCAGAACAUUGACUUCAGUAACGUAGACAUCUCUGAGCUCAGCACUGACGUCAUCGGCACCAUCGACGCCUUCGACGUUCACGAGCUCGACCAGUACCUGCCUCCAAACAGCCACGGUGCCACUGUUCUAACCCCGCCAGACACCAGCAACCCCUCCGGUACUUUCAUCCCACCCAGCACAGACUGUCACGCUCCCAACAUCCAAAAUUGGACGUCCAAAAUGUCUGGUGGGACUUCCGCUGGAAUGCCGCUACCCUCUUCCAAUUGUGAGACCGACGGGCUGCACAAGGAUGGCGGCCAAAAACCUCAGAUUAAAACUGAGCGGAUGAGCCCGGGUCACUACAACUCCUCAAGUCCUCCACCACCGUCACACCAACCUGAGUAUACAUCCCUGGGUUCGGGCAUCUGUCCUUCCUCCACCCCUACCACCUCCUCGUCUGCCAACCAGUCAGACUACACCGACCUUCAAAACUCCAGCUUCUACAGCGCUUUCUCUGGUUACCCCGCCAGCCUGUAUCAGUACCCAUACUUUCAUUCCUCCCGCAGGUCUUACACCACCCCACUGAUCAACAGCCUGGCCUUGGCACCACCUACUCAUAGUCCUCCCUCUGGCUGGGAGCAGCCCAUCUAUACGACCCUCACCAGGCCUUGAAGAAGACAAAAAUAUAUAGCCAUAUAGACUGACUUCUAACAGACCAAAAUUUUUGAACAUUGAUGAUCAUUGCCGGCCGUAACUCGCAUAGUGUGUCAUAUAUUGCUGCAUUUGUUGAUUUUCAGGCAAAAAAACUUUAGCUUUUUUGUCCACUUUGAGUACAAACACCUGCAGAGUGACAUUUAAACCCGCCCUGGACACCAAAAUGUUCCACUGAAAUGCCACACUAAUGAAAUUUCAGCAUGAAAGUAGCACCUAUUUCAGACAGGGCGUUUUAUAACACUUUUCCACACUAAAACUUAAAUAGUUUCCUAAUUUUUAUACACUUUUAUUAAAGUCACUUGGAAAGUGACGCGUUUCCAAAGGGCUUCUUAUUCCUUCACCAGUAAGAAUGUGAUUUACAUCGACAUGACCAGGAGAUUGUAACUUUUCUUAAUUAGAUUAAAAACAGGAGACCUGUAAGCCUUAAAGGCCCACGCCUGCUUAACUGUUUGGUAUAGCAUGUGUUGCAUUUCGUGGUUAUGUAUGAUAGUUGGACAAAAUAAAAGAUGUUUUGCCGAAUUUGUAGUUUACGUAAAAGGAAGUUGUACCUGUGAGCAGGAGUUUUGAAGCCCCUCUUGGUCCUAUCAGUUGUUCUCUGCAGACCCGGUCCCUCCUGCUGCUUCAUUUCCACUGUGACAGCUGCUCCUGCUGAGUUUCCUGUGAGGAGAUUAGUUAAUUUCACAGUCCAAGCUGCGGCUGUCCUGUCCGUCAGCCACAAGGUUUGAUAGGCGGGACAGCUGCGUGAGGUUUUCACAGAGGCACCACACAAGAAACACACAAAUUAUUAAAGAAGAAAGAAAUGUGGGUAAAAACAAGUCCUACACUCAAUGGCUGUGUAGACCUGCUAUACUGACAAUAAAAAAUAACCAAAAAUGAAGCUGAGGUUGUGCUUAUUACGUCCAUGUAAGGACUGCAGUGCUGUGAAGCCGCAGGUUCACUAAGAAUGAAUGUUUGCCACAUGUUCCAGCCACUCAGUGACCGUGGUAUCUUUAGGACAAACACACCCGUUUUUAAACACUUCCUGUGUGGGUCUGAGCCGGCUGCUGCAGCUCAGUGGCUCCCUGUCUCAGCAGUUUACCGUGACAACCCAGGUGCCAACGACAACAAGGGCGCCAGACAGAAGAGACAUUGAUUUAUUCACAUGUGCGUACGGCCCUGGAGCCAACGUGCGGACGUUUGUGGAAGAGUGGCGAGAUCAUCAGGUGACAUUUGCACCAACAGACCUUCAGUUAAGUCUUUAUUCUGUGGUGAGUGUGCAACUUCACACAUGCCAAGCUCCAUUUGCUGCUGACCAGUGAGCCCCAUCCACUGUAAAACGAACUGAGCUUCUAACAUGUCACUUGAAAAUUCAGGCUGUUUAUUUGAGUUUAAAGGAGGGAACUGAACAUCUAUCAUUUCAUUCAGUGAUCCCUGUGAUGAGUAUAUGUCUUAAGUAGGUCCACAUGAGGGGAAUUAUGACAUUUUGCUUUCUCACUAAGAGAGACAUGAGCAUAUUCACACCACCCUUGGCUCUGGGUAUAGUGUUGCAUUCGAUGGCAACUGUGAAGCUGGAAUUUCUGAAGUUCUCCAGAAAACAAAAAAUAGUGGAAAAAAACCACCAGAAAUUGACUUUCCUACUCAAUAACU